AUGGGCGCGCAGCCGCCCGCGCACGGCGAGGAAGAGUACGAGCCCGAGGACGCGGAGGAGGACGACGAGUACUUCCUCAGCCCCGAAGACAUCGUGCAGCACGCGCCGGCGCCGCUGCGCACGCGCCGCAGCCUGAGCGGGCUGCGCCGGGGCCAGCCGCCCUGCCCGCACCCGCCCGGCCGCUUCCUCUCCGACGUGGACGUGCGCCGCUUCGUCUUCCGCUCGCGCCACGACCUGCGCGACACGCCCUGGGAGCGCGAGAUGCGCUGCCGCCGCCUCUGCAACAUCUUAAAGGAAAUGGAUGAACAAGUGGCCGCUUUCGAUAAGGAGAUAUCUGAAGUAAAAGAUGCCCGUUUUGCGGUAGCAGUAGACAUAAAAUUUGGAGAACUGCAUAUAAUCAAAUUGCACCAGGAACUCAUUAUUCUCAAGGAGUUCGAGUCGGUGGAAGAUGCACUGGCCCUCAAAGUGCACAACACCGAGGAGGAUGUGCAAGGAGUCAACAAUGUGAUAAUCGAUAAGCAAAUGGAUAUAGAAAUGCACAAGAAAGAAAUAGAAAAUUUGAAUGUUCAAGUUAAACAGCACCAACUUGAAAUAAAGGAAAUCGAAGAGAAGAAAUCAAUCGACAACUUGAAGAAGGAGAUCGAGCUCAAGGGGAAGUCCAUAAAGAUUCUGGAAAAAACGUUGGGCACGCAGAAGAGCGAACUACUAGCAUUUCAGGCGUUACAAACAACAUCACUUGAGGAUGCACAUCGAUUGUAAACAUAUGAGAAAGGAGAUAAAAGAGCUGAAAAAGAUUAUCGACCUGACAUUAAUAAAGAAAUUUGGAAGUGUGGUGAACGUAGAAGACUUGGAAGAUGUAGUCUUGCAGAGGCUCAUAGUGCAGUUGAGAACCACACUACAUGACAUUAAAGAGGAAUUUCACCGACUUGUAUCCAUGUUGAAGGCAGAAAGAAGAAAACAAGAAUCUGUAUUGACAGAUUUGUGUAGAAACAACUCUGAGAAGAUGAAUAUACUCACUAUUCUUACUCAGGAAAAGUCGAAUCUGAGCAGACUUAUGCCACUUGAAGACAAGACGAAGACGUUCACCUUCAAGGACCUGCUGGCGUACUCGGAGGAGCUGCGGCGCCUGAGGCGGGUGGUGAAGAACCAAGCGAGCCAGAUGGAAGUGCUGCGCGGGGAGAUCAGGGCUCUCAGCUACAAGGGCAAGCCGCCGCCGCCGGUGUGCUCUCCCAGCCGCCUGGAGGCCGAGCUGCGCCGCCUGCGCCAGCUGGCCGCCGACAAGGAGAAGCUGCCCGAGGUGUCGAGCGACGAGGAGGAGGAGGACGAGGAGGCCAUGUUCCUGUACAUGGAGCCCCGCGACGCCGAGCAGCUCGUGGGCGAGCGGGCGUCGCUGGCCGAGGCGGCGCGCUGGCCCUCGGUGGAGCAGGUGCUGCAGGACCUGCUGCGCCGCGUGCCCAUCGCCUCGCAGGAGGACGUGCCCCUGGAGCGCGUGCUGGACGAGGAGCUCGAGAAGCUCAUCAACAAGAUCCCGCCCACGACGGCCGCCGAGUCCAUCUUGGAGGAGUUCGCGGAACUGCUGGCGCAGCGCCUGGCCCACGCCGAGGACCCCGAGCCCAUGCGGGAGGCGCUGCUCGACCUGGAGCACGACAUCCAGGCACGCCACGAGUCCCAGUCAGCGGUUUAGGCUCUAGCUACGCAGCCACNNGGCCAAGGAGACCGGCGUGGAGGCGGCCGUCAGCGCGCGCCUCAUCACCUACGACGUCCUGCGCAAGUGCAUCGGCUACGUCUACGGCAAGCAGUUCUUCCUCGCCACCGAGGACGCCAUCCUGCAGGUGCUGGAGACGCUGGAUGAGGAGACGGAGGCGCGGGUGCUCAUCGAGGACGUCAUUUACUACUUGGAGGAGCAGGCUCGAGCGGAGGCGGAGCAGGGGCGGCUGCACGUGGCCGAGGUGCUGGAGGACGCGCUGCACGACCUGCGCUCCCUGCAGACCCACGAGCGCGCGCCCAACGUCUUCCGCGCCGUCUUCAGGCGCUGCCGCGAGAGCGCGGGCGACGAGCGCGACCUGGCGGCGGCGCGCCGCGUCUUCCACGACGCCCUCAAG